AGCCAAGGGAGGGGGAAGCCGAGGCAGGGCAGGGGGAAGCCGGGGCUAGCAGCGUCCCCUGGGGACGCCUUCACACCCUCCGCCUGGGGCGGGCCGCCGCGGGGCGGUCGUACGCGCUCGGCCCCCCCGCGGCAUGAGGCAGCGCUCGCUGCCCGCGCUCCGCUCCGCCGGCUGCCACCGUUCCUCCGCCCCCAGCCCCUGCCCCUGUCCCCGCCGCUGUCGCAGCGCUGUGAGGCGGCCUCGCCCCUCGCACAGCCCCCGCCGUGCCCCUCCGGGAGGAGCCGGGGCCGCCCAUGGCUGACAGGAGCCUGCUCGGGGGCGCCGAGCCCUGCCCGCGCCGGGAGGAGGCUCCCGAGUGGGGCUACGAGGAAGGGGUGGAGUGGGGGCUGCUCUUCCCCGAGGCGAACGGCGAGUACCAGUCGCCCAUCAACCUCAACUCCAGAGAAGCCAAGUACGACCCCUCGCUCCUCGACGUGCGCCUGUCGCCCAACUACGUCGUCUGUCGCGACUGCGAGGUGAUCAACGACGGGCACUCCAUUCAGAUCGCCCUCAAGUCCAAGUCAGUGUUAAUAGGUGGGCCGUUACCUCGAGGACAUGAGUUUGAACUACAUGAUGUUCGAUUUCACUGGGGGAGAGAAAACCAGCGUGGUUCUGAGCACACAGUUAAUUUUAAAGCCUUUCCUAUGGAGCUUCAUCUAAUGCACUGGAACUCCACACUGUACAGCAGCAUCGAUGAGGCAGUGGGGAAGAAGCACGGCAUAGCUAUUAUUGCGUUGUUUGUACAGAUAGGAAAAGAACAUGUAGGCCUAAAGGCUGUAACUGAAAUUCUUCAGGACAUCCAGUACAAGGGAAAGUCCAAAACUAUACCCUGUUUUAAUCCCAACUCUUUAUUGCCAGAUCCUCUGCUGCGUGACUACUGGGUGUAUGAGGGCUCCCUCACCAUUCCACCCUGCAGUGAAGGUGUCACCUGGAUAUUAUUUCGCUAUCCUUUGACUGUGUCCCAAGUGCAGAGAGCCUCCCAUAUAUAAAUAGUGUCUGGGGAAAAGAGAGGGAUGCAGUACUAUGGCCUGCUGUAGCUGAAGGGUAAAUGGUCUUUGGUGCUGCAUUACCUUGGUUGGUAUAAACGCAGUCCAACAAGAGCAUUGCAAUGAUGAAGGGCUCACAAGUCAUGGAAGGGCUUAGGUGACAAGACUACACCCUGCCAAUGACAUUGUGUGCAGCUGAGAUGUGUCUCUGGAACAGAGAGAGAUUGGAGUAGACUCACGCCAAGAUGAUCCACAAUACAUGAAGAGGUUUGGCAAACCUGAUUCCUGGAGUUUUAUUACUGACUUCAGUGGGAAGGAGAUCAAACCUUGUCUGAAAAGCUGCAUCCUGAAGUAUACGUUUUGCACAUUCCUGCCCUCCUUUUGUGUUUUUAUUGUCCUCACUUAUCUUACAUUAAAAUAUACUGCACAGAAAGAACUGCUUUGACUACUUUUGUAAGACCCCUUACCCAUGAUGUACGCUGCUGAAAUACAAUGCAAGAAAAUAGAAAAAUCUCUCCUAUUAGGCCAGCAAAGAGCAGGAAGAAAAUUGAAAAAGACUUGCUUGUGCUUCUCUCCACUCUAUAUAUACUUUUAAUAGGACAUUUGUGAAUAAUGUGCUUUUUAUUCACUGAAGCCCAGAACAAGUGCAUUGUCUAAGCCAGUCAGAGUAGGGGUUUUACACAAUGGUAAAGUGAAGAGCUGUUGUUCUGCUGUACUCAUUGUCAGAAUUAACUGUUUUUGUGUUGAAUGGUGAGAUCUCUAGUCUUUUUGUCUACUUCAUUCAAAGACAAGUCCUAAAGGGCAGAAAUAGUAACUAGCAUUUGGAACUGGAGUGGGAGUUGUGCAAAAUUUGUGUAGUAGUCUGUGAAAUAAAACAAUCUGUGAAGUUCAUGGUAUUUUAUUCACUGGGAGACAGGUCGGUUUUCUUGGAAGGUGUGAUGAAGGCAUGUGAAAUUCUCAAGUAGAAGGUAAUACUUCUAUUUCUCAUGUAAAAUAAAUGUUCAUAUAGAAAA